AUGGAUCCUGCUAAGAUAGCGGAUAAUGUUGUGCGUGAUGCGAUCACAGAGUCAGAGAUUACUUUCAAGAAACUUUGGACAGAUCAAACAUGUGUUAUCAUCUUUCUCAGAAGAUUGAUUGCCGUUGGUUUGGAACCUCAAGGGUUGGAGGAGUUUGUUCUAGGAGAGUUCUUCUCCGGAGAACUAUUUGUAGAUGUGGACAAGAAAGCGUUCUCCAAUCUUGGAUUCAAGCGUCUGACUUUUCUCCAGCUGUUCCCUGCAAUCUUCUCAAAGAAAACAAGAGAAGCAAACGCAAAGGCGAAGUCUUUAAACCUUGGUGGAGACAUGAAAGGGGAUGGAUACCAGAACGGAGGUUGUAUGGUGGUCGGAGCAGGAGGAAAUCCUCUCAUGUUCUCCUUUAGACAAGAAGAACCUUCUGAUCAUCCUGAAAACCAGCAGAUAUUGGAGGCCCUUGGCAUUUCUUAAUUUUUUCCUGUUUUCACAUCCACCGAGGAGCUGCUCCUGUUCCUCCUCUUCACUUAUUCUCCAGUUCAUUCCAUCUACUCAUCCUCCUGUUUCUUGAAUCAACUUACUUCUGUAAUUAGCCACUGCUCCAGUUCUGCAAACAAAUCAUUUUUCAGUUCCUUCUAUUAACUCCUGCUCUAGUUCCUUAAUUCAACUACUGCUCCAGUUCCGCAAAUAAAUCAUUUUUCAGUUCCUUCUAUUAACUCCUGCUCCAGUUCCUUAAUUCAACUACUGCUCCAGUUCCAUUUAUCAGCUCCUGCUCAAGUUCCUUACAUCAACCCCUGCUCCAGUUUCUUAAAUCUACUACUGCUCCAGUUCCUUUUAUCAGCUCCUGCUCCAAUUCCUUGUAUCAGCUCCUGUUCCAGUUUUAGAUAUCCACUCCUGUUCCAGUUUCUGAUAACCACUCUUGCCCCAGUUCCUAGUAAAAACUCCCGCUUCUUGAUAUCAACGCUAACUCCAGUUCCUUCUAUAAACUCCUAAUCCUUAUAUCAAAUCUUAUUUAAUGAUUGUUCAUUACUGCACCAGUAAAAGCCAAUUUGUUUCUGUCUAGUCACCAACUAAAUUUUUUUUUGAUAUAUUUUAUUUACCCUCUGACACUAAUAUAUUGAUGUUGCAUUUACUCAUCCAAUCAAAUUUAAUUCAAUUGCACAAAUUCUACGCAAUUUCCAGGAUGUUUCUUUUCUCAUAUACUCGUACACCAAGUUAAAACUUGACCAAUCUAGAUUUAUUAGUUAACUGAUUACGAAACUUGAUUAAAUGUGAUUUCACUGUGAUAUUAUAUAAGCAUGAUGUGUAUGUUGACCAGCAUAUGAAGGGUCUGACAGAAAUUUAGUUGUCAGGAUCCGGAUGUUCAGCUGUUCAUUAAUAAAUAUCAUGUUUUCAGA